UUUGUCUAUCUGACCCGCGUCACAAUACAACAAUAAAACCUUGACCAACAGUAACGAUGAUGCGUCAUGUUCAGUCUUGUUCGCUGCAAAAACGGAUAACAUCAUCAUUUCACCGUAGCCCCAUCGGUCAGUAUGACGCCCGCAAUCCACCGUGAACUCUGUGUUGCCUGACGACGCGUGUGCCAGGAUCCCGUAAAGACCAGCUAGAAUGGCUGCUAGGAAUGAAUCAACGCUGACUGCGUUCAGCGAGUUAGUGGCGGUGCUGACGCGCGCGGAAACAGCGAAGAACAAGCAGGAGGUAUGGCGGAACUUUUUCACUACGUACGAGUGCAGCAAACGGAACGUACCGAGCGCCACAAUCUACCCAACCCUGCGGCUGCUAGUACCCGGCAUGGACAGCGAGAGGAAGUCAUACGGCUUACGCCACAAGCUGCUCACCGAUGGCUACAUACGGGCACUCGGUCUGAAUUCGCGGAGCGACGAGGUACGCCAACUGUCGGCGCCCGAAACGAAGGGUGAUUUGGGGGUUCGGUUGGAACGGUUGGUGCGUGGACGCUGCCCCGAUCGCAGCUCGCUUACCAUAGCCGAUGCAAACCGGUUGCUGGAUGAGCUGGGACUGGCCGGAACGGGCCAGCGACGACGGGUUGAGCAGGUGCUGGCCGAGCUGCUCGAGUGCGGCUCGCCCGCCGAUCAUCGCUGGCUGGUGCGCAUCAUUCUGAAAGACCUGCGGUUGGGCAUCAGCCAACGGUCUAUUCUGCAGCUGUACCACCCGCACGCACCGCAGCUAUACGACACGACCGGUGAUCUGCGCCAGCUAGUACAGGAAAUCGAAUCCGGCAGAGUGACGAAGGCCAGUGGCCCACCGAUACCGGGCGGGUACAUCCGCCUGAUGCACCACGUACGGCCGAUGCUGUGCCAGCGGAUCGAUCUACGUGCGGUCGGUGCACUACUGCAGCAGGGCACCUAUUGGGCCGAAACGAAGAUGGAUGGCGAGCGAUUUCAGCUGCACAAGAGCGGACCCCAUUACCGCUACCUAUCGCGCAACGGUAUCGAUUACAGCGAGCGGUUUGGGGCGACGGCCGACCAGCUCGAUGGCACACUGACACCGUUGGUGGCGGAACUGUUCGCACCGAGCUUAGAAUCUGUCAUCCUGGACGGCGAGAUGAUGGUGUACGAUCGGCGCGACCUCCGCUAUCGCGACAAGUGCGAAAACACGGACGUUAAGGCGCUGCGAGCGGGUGCGACUGAUCUGCGGCCGUGCUUUUGUGUGUACGAUGUGCUGUACCACAACGGGCGUCCGCUUACCGGUGUACCGUACGCGGAACGGUUGCGGCUGCUAACGACGUUGCUGGUUCGUGAGCAGCCCGGAUUCAUCGUUUACUGCCAGCGGGAACAGGUGCGCGAUGCGGCACACCUGGUGCAGCUACUGAACACGGCCAUCGAUGGUGAGCAGGAAGGGCUGGUGCUGAAGCGGGAGGAUGCCAUUUACCAACCGAACCGUCGCCAUGGGGGCGGCUGGUACAAGCUUAAACCGGACUACGUCGGCGGGCUGGUGGUGGACUUUGAUCUGCUGAUCCUCGGUGGAUACUACAACCGGCGGCGUACCUUCGUCAACACCUUCCUCGUGGGCGUACGCGACGAUUCAUCCUCUGAUUAUCUAACCCUGGCCAAGGUCUCGAUGGGGCUCCAAGCGGAGCAGUGGGCCGAGCUGAAUCGCACCUUAGCACCGCACUGGCAGGAGGUGGUAGCUGGGCAGAGCAACGGAGCCGAUCCGUCCAGCCCUCAAUACCCACGAUGGGGACAAACUGUGCCGGAUGUCUGGCUUGAGCCGAAAGAGUCAAUUGUGCUGCAGCUGCGCGGUUCCGAGCUGGUGCGCAGCGAGAGCUACGCCGCUGGUCAUACCCUACGCUUCCCGCGUAUCCUCGCUAUACGCACCGAUCGCCGGUACAAUGAUGUAUGCACCAUCGAAGAGCUGUUAGCACUUGUGGCUGUAGGACCCGGGGGCGGUACCGGUGAUCCACGGAAUGUAACAAAGCUUGCCAAACGGCACGUAACGAUCGACGAUUUAACCGGUGGUCAGGGGACAACGAAGGGCCCGAGUAAACGGGCUCGAGGAGCUGGCCGUCCGUUAACCAUUGCAGCUCCGAACCAUCGGCAACCAGCCGAAGUGCUGCAAACGAUCGACAAUGCUUGUGGUGGUAGGGAGUUUUGCGUGAUGAGCACUCACGUCGUUCAGCCGACGGUGGCCGAACUGGAACGGAUGAUACGGCAGCACGGUGGCCGCGUGGUAGCCAAUCCUGGAUCGAAUACCUACGCCAUCGUGGCUGGCGCGCGUACGUUCAAGGUAGACCGGUACUGUCGGGCCGCCCGAUGGGAUGUGGUGCGAGUGGAGUGGUUGAUGCGAGCGAUGGGAGCUGGCAAGGAGCCGAGUGCUCGUCAACCAGGGCAGGUGGAACCAUUCCGACCGGCCGAUCUGCAUGCGGCCACCGAAGCGACGCAGCGCUGGCUAGCGGAGCAUUACGAUCGCUUCGGUGAUUCCUACACACGCCCCGUCAGCCCAGGCACCUUCAAAGGCUUGCUGCAACAACCGGACGCCGCUCUUAGUCAACUGAGCGAGCAGGAAAUGCAACGUGCCGAGCGAACACUACUGCGACUACCUGCUACGCUUUCCGGUCGGCGCCCUUUUCGUGGCUACUCCGCACGUUUGUUCCUCGAGCAGCAGCAGCAGCAGCAAGCGGAUGUACCACUGGCUCGCUACCGAGCUGAACGACACAUGCUGCGCUUCGUUCGCCACGGUGGCCGAUGGCUACCCGAUACCGAGCCCGGUCCCGUCUCGUACGUGUUUGUGGUGCAGGAAGGCGAAAUCGAUGACCAGCCGGCCGGUCUGACGCACUGGCUUGAGACCGUAAGCGGACGCAACCAGAACCAGAAUUGGCCACCCCCAACCAUACAUCCGAUCGAAUUCAUAGCUAAAUCGCUUGCUGACGGGCAGCUUCUUACCUCUCGUUCGCAAUCUCCGUCGGUCGUCAAACCCUCGCGAUCAUCACCCUCGGUGUUUACUCCCCAAUGAUUAUGGUCCUUCUUUAUCUGUCCAAAAACGGCCUCAAAAUACAGAUCAAUAAACGCG